AUGACAAUGGACCAGAUUAGAGUGCCGCUGAGGCUGCUCACUGGAGAAAGGUUGUGUCCACUCGUCGGAUGGCGGCAACAAUCGACUGGCACUCGUGCAUCAGCUUACGCCAACUGGGACGAGGACAGGUCUGGCGUAAAAGUUGCAAGCAAUUGCGAGGUGGUACUCGCGACCGCGAGACCGUCGGGCUGGUGUGCGGCAGCCGAGGGCCCCGACCAGCGGGCAUCGAUCCGCGCCUGCAACGCCGACCCGGCAGGCCCGAUCCCUGCGAUCGAUGAUCCGUUGCCCUGUCUGAGCCCUCCUCCGGCCGAUUGCGUUGUGCGCACCAAUGCGUGCACAGCCUUGCCACUGUCUGUGUACAGAUGUCUCUCAGUGUGUGUGUGCGCCUGCGUGCACGCCGGACACCGCCCCGAUCAUACACAUGCACAGACAUGCAAACAGACGGACAGACAUUGGCACAAACGCGUGGCGCUGAGCUCAACACUGCUUGAAUGCGUCUCUCUCUCUCUGAGCGUCUCUGUCCGUGCCUUUUGA